AUGGAGGAGCUUGACUCAAUUUGCUUCGGGAAAUCUCAAGAUUUACUUGAGACCGAUGGUCGGUCACCCGAUUUAGCAUUACUAGCCACUCAAGAUCUCUCAUUCUGGAUUAUUCAGGUGGCAGUGCUCGACAACAUUGCUCAAAUUCAGAAAACUGGAGGUGCUCAAAAAGCUCCUCUGAACUUGCUUUACGAAAUAUCUUUCUACGACACCUAUACGGAUGAGGAUCUAGAACAGAUGAAUCUGACUCAGAAUGAUCCCGUUUUACGCGAAACGAAUUUGAACAGCCUUUUACCAUUUUUGAGGUUGAAAUCAUUAACCCAUUUCAAAGCCCAAGGAAUUUGUAUAGCCCCACAGGCAGAAACAAUACUUCACAAGGCAUAUUUGCCAACCUUGAGUCUUCGACUCCAUGCCACUACCAUUUCCGACCCGGCUCUCGUCAGUUUUCUCAGUCGUUUCAAAAGUCUCGAAUGUCUUAUCUUCUCAGAGCAAGAUAUACCAGAACCAAGCGACAAUCAAAUUAUCUGUCCGCUAGACAUCGUCAAAGGAAUCUCCCACUUGAAACACAGCUUGAAACAUUUAGAAGUAGCCGUCGAUACACCUGAUGGGUACGAAGGGGUUAUCGAUACCUUUAAUAAUUUCGAGUCUCUUGAGAGAUUGGAGAUUGGAGCCUUCUCAAUGAUGGCGAAGAAAUUAGGUGAAGAUACAGGGUUUGAGAGUCAAGUACCGUACAAGUUUCCUAGUACUCGAGUACAUUGA